UUUCUUCCUUAAUGACACCUUUCUGCCACAGCUGACUCCCUAAAGACUUGCUUAUUCCAUACAAGAACAUGGAGAACUGCAGGAGGGAUUUGAGAGGCAGUCCCAGAUUAAACUGAUCACCUCUACAUACGUUCUAGGACUCAACACAGAGCUUCAUCUAAUUGUAGGACUAUGCAAUAUCACAAUGAACGUUUUUUUAAGUGUAUUUUUAUUGAUUUCAGAAAGGAGAGGGAGAUAUAGAAACAUAAGUGAUGAGAGAGAAUCAUUGGUUGACUGCCUCCUGCAUGCCCCCUACUGGGGAUUGUGCCCUGACCGGGAAUGGAACCAUGACCUGGUUCAUAGUUAGCUCAACCACUGAGCCACGCUGACUGGGCUCACAACGGACUCUAGAUGUUUGUCAUUGAUCCUAGAUGUUUGUCAUUGAUUCCAGCAGCUGACUCCCUAGAAUCACUACAUGGGGAGACAAUGUCUCUGGGUGUAGCUAAUUUUUAAAAUACUGUAUAUAUUUUUUAUUGAUUUCAGAGAGGGGGAGAAAGAGAAACAUCAAUGAUUAGAAUCACUGAUCGACUCUCUCCUGCAUGACCCCUACUGGGGAUCAAGCCCACCACCGGGCAUGUACCCUGACCUAAGGAAUCAAACUGUGACCUCCUGAUUCAUAGGUGGAUGCUCAGCCACUGAGUCACACCUGCUGGGCUAUUCCAUUAUUUCUAGAAUUAUCCCUUCCCUGCACACGGUUCAGCAAUUCCACUCCUCAGUCAGGCAGACACUAUUCCUAGGCCUCUCAUCAGCAAGACAUUUGCUUAUCAAGCCAUGAUGUUGGUCAAUCAUGAAAGGCUGAACAGUCAUAGUCAGAGGCUGUGUCAAGUUCAGGGUUAGCUAGGCAUUUCUCUGGGGCACAUAGGAGGAAGUUUCUUUAGAGGUGAGAGAAGUAGAUGCUACCAACCUGUGCAAACUGUCACCUGCUUCCUUUGUCUCCUGAACAGCUGCUACAGGACUCUCCUUGCAUACUGCAAGCAUCAAUAAAUGCCUGUCUCACUGGAGCUGCACUGCAUAUUCAGCAUUCAUCCAAACAUUUAUUGAGCAUCUACAAUGUUUGUGAACAGUUUGCCUCUGAGCAAUUGCAUCUACCCUAUUUGCAGAAGUCAGCUUCAAGGUCAUUUUCCCCCCAGAAGCUUCUGGACACCUCUCAAUUAUAUUAGGAUUGUCAUAGUACCUUGUACUUCCCUUAGCCUAGCAUUUAUAAAACGCCUUUUUAAAGCCUGUUUUCUGAUCUGUAUGUACCACUAAACUGAAAGCUCUUUGAAAGCAAAAACCCAGAUUUUGACUGCAGCACUUUGCACAGAGCCUUGUACAAUGCAGGCAUCAUUGAAUGAAUUAUUGCUGAAUUAAAGACAAUGAGUAGAGUGCUAAGUAUGAACAAGUGGAACCCCAGGAUGUCAGGUCAAGGUUUCUCUGAGUUCAAUGAGAUGUUGGACGAGUACCAAAGUGGUCAGUUGACCAGUGUGGAACGUGUGUAUAAGGUUGUAAGGCAUACUGAAGAAAGGUGUGAAAUUCUGUGGCUGGAGUACAGCGGCUUAUCUGGGGAGCCAGACAGGUGCCAGACAGGAAGGGCAGCAGGAAAGGAUGAUGCAGAACCGCAGUCCCCGUAAGGUCAAGUCCAUAAAACAGGUAAUGGCAGCAACCCUGGCUUGAGAACGAGACGCCGACUUCCAAAUCCUCUGGGAAAGUCCCAGAGAUUCCACUGGCAGCGCCUCGCACCUCGCCCUGCCCAGGGCACCUGCUGCCAGCGGCACAUGCUGCCCGCUCACCGCGCACUUCCGUCCCGGCCGAGGGGUCUUCCGGGGCACCCAGGGGUCCUGGCCGCCAGCAGCGGGGCGCGCAGGCGCACGGAGGCUUGCAGCCCCAAGGGGCGGGCGAGUGCGCGCGCUUCCCCGCGCACGCGCGCACGGAGGGGGCGACGGCCGCGGUGACGCUGCUGCGGCGGGCGGGUGGCGGCGCGUGAAGCGCGCGAUUCCCCGCGUCUAGGGAGCAGUGCCCCGGCUCUCGCCGCUCCCGCCGCCCCCGCCGCCGCCAUGUCGGGCAGGUCAGUCAGGGCCGAGACCCGCAGCCGGGCCAAGGACGACAUCAAGAAGGUGAUGGCUGCCAUCGAGAAAGUGCGGAAAUGGUGAGGGGCCGAGGCCGAGGCCGGGGCCGAGGGUGCUGGCGGGGUUCGCCGGUCCAGGCCCAGAGGAGCACCAGACCGGCAGGCGGGGUGGAGAAAAAAUGGGUUACUGUGGGUGACACAUCGCUUAGGAUAUUUAAGUGGGUUCCUGUGACCGACAACAAGGAGAAAGAAAAGUCAAAAUCGAAUGGUUCAGCAGCCCGGGAACCUAAUGGCUUUCCCUCUGAUGCCUCAGCCAAUUCCUCUCUCCUUCUUGAAUUCCAGGAUGAAAACAGCAACCAGAGUUCUGUGUCUGAUGUCUAUCAACUCAAGGUGGACAGCAGCACCAACUCAAGUCCCAGCCCCCAGCAGAGCGAGUCCCUGAGCCCAGCACACACCUCUGACUUCCGCACAGAUGACUCCCAGCCCCCUACUCUGGGCCAGGAGAUCCUUGAGGAGCCCUCCCUGCCUGCCUCAGAAGUGGCUGAUGAACCUCCCACUCUCACGAAGGAAGAACCAGUUCCACUGGAGACACAGAUGGCCACGGAAGAGGAAGACUCAGGUGCCCCACCCCUGAAACGCGUCUGUGUGGACCAACCCGCAGCGCCGCAGACAGCCUCAGAAAGCUAGCACCAUCCUGGCACCCUUCACCUCCUGGCCCCCUGCCUCUAUUUAUUGCAUUCUGGUUCUGACUGUGCUGUGUUGCUGGGCUAAGGGCAAGCGCUGGGGACCAGAGCCUGCCCAUAGGAGCCUUCUAUUCUGGAAGGCUGACAGAGGACUUGGGGUUAUCGCAUCAUCUUCCCUCCCUGGCACCUAUGUCUGCUUGUUCCUGAGAAGAGGAAUGCUCAUGUCCUCUUUGUCUCCCAAGUAGGCUGGAGUAUCAGCCAUCCCAAGGUUUAUCUGUCACCUCCAGGUAGCAGUCUCCGCUCCAGAACCUCUGGACUGAGCUGCUGGCGCUUCUAUAAGAAGAAAGAGAUGUGGAAGGCACCCUUUAGAGAAGAGGGUGCUAAGAGUUACUUGAAUUUGAUGGCGACUGUGGAUGUCUGGACUUUCCCUUAGGGCCAGGUGCCCUGUGGGCCGUUAUUGGAGGAUGCCUAGGUAGAGACUUUGGAGGGAAGGGGCUUUUCUCCACAUGAGGGCAAAAAAGUCCAUAUAGAUUUCUUGCUGCCCUGUCACCUCUGCCCAUUUCUGAGGUCAUCCUGCCUCUCAUGGGCUCUCUAGCUGCUGACAAUUCCCCCCACCACCACCAAAAGAAAACUAUCUCCCCCCCCCACACACAUGCAGCUUUCUGUUCUUACCCGUACAUUUCAUUCCAGCAUUCUCUGCCUCCUGCCACAGUCCUCAGCAUUCAUGCCACAAAACCCCAGAAAGAAUUUGAAGUCUGACCACAGUACCCAUCCCCCAGAGUACUCCUUCAGCUCAGACUUUCUAGAAAGAUUCCCUUUCUUUAAAAUCUGCAUGUUUAAUUGAACUUCGUGAUUUUAUUUUUUGUUUCAUAAGAGUUUAAGAAAUGGAAAUGGGCAACAGUGAGUGAAGACAUAUUUUAGCACUGAAUAGAAUAUUUUUAAAAUUAAACUAUUUGAAAUAUG